CGGGCUCCAUGGCGCCAGCGGUGUCCGCCUGAGAGCGCGCAGCGGCGAGCGGCCAGAGCGGGCCGCGGCUCUUCCUCGCCAUGGGGGACGUGCUGUCCACGCACCUGGACGAAGCCCGGCGCCAGCACAUCGCAGAGAAAACCGGGAAGGUCCUGAGCGAGUUCCUCCGCUUCUACGAGGACCAGUAUGGCGUCGCGCUGUUCAACAGCAUGCGCCACGAGAUCGAGGGCACGGGCUCCCCGCAGGCGCAGCUGCUCUGGCGCAAGGUGCCGCUGGAGGAGCGCGUCAUCUUCUCGGGGAACCUCUUCCAGUACCAGGAGGACAGCAAGAAGUGGCGGAACCGCUACAGCCUCGUGCCGCACAACUAUGGGCUGGUGCUGUAUGAGAACAAAGUGGCCUAUGAGCGGCAGGUGCCGCCCCGAGCCAUCAUCAACAGUGCUGGCUACAAGAUCCUCACCUCCGUGGACCAGUACCUGGAGCUUGUGGGCACCUCCUUACCAGGGGUCGCGUCUAAGUCGGGCAGCGCCCCCAUGCUGAAGUGCCCCACUCAGUUCCCGCUCAUCCUCUGGCACCCCUACGCCCGGCACUACUACUUCUGCAUGAUGACGGAGGCCGAGCAGGACAAGUGGCAGGCGGUGCUGCGGGACUGCGUCCGGCAUUGCAACAACGGCAUCCCGGAGGACUCCAAGGUGGAGGGCCCCGCAUUCACGGACGCCAUCCGCAUGUACCGCCAGGCGAAGGAACUGUACGGCACGUGGGAGAUGCUGUGCGGGAAUGAGGUGCAGAUCCUGAGCAACCUGGUGAUGGAGGAGCUGGGCCCCGAGCUGAAGGCAGAGCUGGCCCCGCGGCUGAAGGGGAAACCCCAGGAGCGGCAGCGGCAAUGGAUCCAGAUCUCCGACGCUGUGUACCGCAUGGUGUAUGAGCAGGCCAAGGCGAGCUUCGAGGCCGUGCUGUCCAAGCUGCAGCAGGCCCGGCCGGCCAUGGAGGCCGUCAUCCGCACGGACAUGGACCAGGUCAUCACCUCCAAGGAGCACCUGGCCAGCAAGAUCCGAGCCUUCAUCCUCCCCAAGGCAGAGGUGUGCGUGCGGAACCACGUGCAGCCCUACAUCCCGUCCAUCCUGGAGGCGCUCAUGGUGCCCACCAGCCAGGGCUUCACCGAGGUGCGCGACGUCUUCUUCAAGGAGGUCACGGACAUGAACCUGAACGUCAUCAACGAGGGGGGCAUCGACAAGCUGGGCGAGUACAUGGAGAAGCUGUCGCAGCUGGCCUACCAUCCCCUGAAGAUGCAGAGCUGCUACGAGAAGAUGGAGCCGCUGCGGCUGGAUGGGCUGCAGCAGCGCUUCGACGUGUCCAGCACAGCCGUGUUCAAGCAGCGAGCCCAGAUCCACAUGCGCGAGCAAAUGGACAACGCCGUGUACACCUUCGAGACGCUGCUGCACCAGGAGCUGGGCAAGGGGCCCACCAGGGAGGAGCUGUGCAAGUCGAUCCAGCGCAUCCUGGAGCGCGUGCUGAAGAAAUACGACUACGACAGCAGCUCGGUGCGCAAGAAGUUCUUCCGCGAGGCCCUGCUGCAGAUCGCCAUCCCCUUCCUGCUGAAGAAGCUGGCGCCCACCUGCAAGUCGGAGCUGCCGCGGUUCCAGGAGCUGAUCUUCGAGGAUUUCGCCAGGUUCAUCCUGGUGGAGAACACGUACGAGGAGGUGGUGCUGCAGACCGUCAUGAAGGACAUCUUGCAGGCUGUGAAGGAGGCCGCCGUGCAGCGCAGGCACAACCUGUACCGGGACAGCAUCGUCCUGCACAACAGCGACCCCAACCUGCACCUGCUGGCCGAGGGCGCGCCCAUCGACUGGGGCCAAGAGUAUGGCGACGGCGGCGACAGCCACGGGGGCGGCGACAGCAGCCCCGGCACCGGCACCGCGGAAGCAGCCAACGUCUCGGAAAAGCGAAGGCGUGCCAAGCAGGUGGUCUCCGUGGUCCAGGACGAGGAGGCGGGGCUGCCCUUCCAGGCCAGCUGCGAGCCACAGUCGCCCGCGUCACCGGACAGUGUCACCGAGCUCCGUGGGAUGCUGGCCCGGGAUCUGCAGGCUGAGAGUCCCCCGCCGCUCGGCCCCCUGCUCAAUGGGGCCCCUGCCCAGGAGAGCCCCCAACCCGAGGCCGGCCCUGAGGCCUCCUCCCCGCCUCCCUCACCUCCCUCGCCGCCCGACCAGCUCCCACCUGGGAAGGCCGUGGACUGUGAGCCCCCCAAGCCCAGUGACCAGGAGACGGGCGAGCAGGUGGCCAGCCCUGGCGGCCGUGCCCCCAUCCACACCACCACAGAGGACAGCGCCGGGGUGCAGACUGAGUUCUAGGCCCAGCGGCCCUGAGCUUCCGUUGGACAGGGCACAGGGCGCCCGCUCCAAGGCACUGGCAGCUCUGGGGAGGGGGAGCCCCAAGCUGUGCCUUAUGGGUGGAGGGGGGGCCGGGGCGGCCCCCCGAGUCCCUCUCCUGGUCGCAGCCCCACUUCUUCGCCCCGUUUGCUCUUCUUUGGGAUGAUCUCAGAUGCAGGGUCUGGUUUCGGGGUUUUCCUCCUUGUGCUGGGGGCUGGACACAGCCUAGGUGGGGCUGGGGACCCGUCUUCCUGUUCCUGGGGCCUCCCUUCCCCUCGUGGGCCUCACCAUCCUUCUUGGAGGGGGCACAUCCAGGCACUGCGCACUGCGCCUGGUCCCUGCGGAGCUGGCCCCGGGAGGAGGCAGAGGGAGGGGUGCACAGAGCUGCUCCCACUGGGCCCAGGGUCAGGCUCGGGGUGGGCCCCCGGGGAGCUUGCAGGCCGGAGCCAGGCUGGGGACGCCAGGGGCAGGGCUGGGUUUCGGGGAGCCUCACAGAGGGGUGCAGCAGUGGGCCCGAGCUGGGCCGAGGAGGGCCCCGAACGUGCUGGUGUGUGCAGUGGAGGUGUGCUGAGCGCGAGUGAGGCUGAGGCAGAGAGAGGGCAGCUGAGUUGCAGCAAGGAACCCCCGUCUCCCGUGCCCCCCAGCCCAGCCUGGCUCUGCCCCACCGGCCCGGGACCCCCUCUGUUCCUGUCCCUUCGGGCCUCCGUGCACGCUUUGGGCUGGGGGCGCUGCGUGAAGCGGGAGUGUUGGAGUGGAUGCCCUGCCUGACGGGAGCUGGUGGGCUCCUGAGGGGUCUGUGGUCCCCAGGAUGCCGUGAGGACUUGGGGUCAGGCCGUGCGCGGCCUCUGCGCCGCCGUCACCUGGGCCUGCAGGCCCCUCUUCAAAUGUCCUGAGCCGCUGGGCCCCCCAGCUUGAGGGCUGCGCCCCACCCAGCCCUCUCCCCUGUUGCUUUGAGGGGCAUAAAGGGCAGCUGCUGCCUCCUCCCGGCCCCGGGGGGGCCCCUCCCGCGCCCUGCACCCCCGGAUGGUGGCGGGUGCUCAGGAACCGGGUCCCCCAGCCCCCACCGCGUCACGAACUUCCCCGAGGACACUGGCGUGCGAUGCCCCCUCCAGUGCCCUGGGGGUCGUAGGUGGUCCUCCCCCAUAUUGUAUUGGAAAUGCUAUGCAAACUGUUGUAGCUUCUACUAAUCAAUAAACGCUUUAUUUAAA